AUGGAUUUCGGCGAUGGCGUUUCCUUCGCCGUCGUCCCCACUGUGUACAAGAGAGAAGACUAUAAGCGGACCAAACACGACGCCGUUUUCUCCAAGUGGAAGGUUCUAAUAGGAUCCAGCGAUUGGGAGGAUUUCAAAAACGGAAAAGACGGUGUGUGUAGAUACAGAGUCCAGAGCUUACCGCGCAAAUCUUGUCCCGGUCUGUAUGAGCUCGGUGUAGCAGUCAUCGGUCGAGACCAAGCCCGUAAGCUCGACUCCGACGAUGUCCUCGCUGCGUAUCUAGGACAAGCUGAAAGCGUUAGAACUAGACUCCAGCGUUAUGGAAGAUCCGGUGCUCACCUGCGCAAAGUUAACAACUGUGAAACCGUAGAAUCUCCGGAUAAGAAGGCUGUGACCGCCGGUUUAUUCGAGGACAUAUUCACGAAAGAUGGCUCGAUUGUGUAUAGAUGGGCUCCGAUGGGGUCUAAGAGGGAAGCUGAGGCAACAGAAGGGAUGCUUUUGAGCACGUUUGACUAUGCGUGGAACAAAGGGAGCAACGGGGAACGACGCCAGCUUGAUCUGCUCAAGAAGCUCGGUGAUGGCGAGUUCAUGAGCAGGAGAAAGUCCGGGAUAUCAAGACUGCUGUUUCCUUUUCUACGGAACCAAGUUGGUAUCAGGAUCAAAGGAGAGAAGCAUGUGCUUAAACAAGAGAGGAUGUUAAGCUGCGAUGUUGAUGGAGAGAAGAAGAGUAGUAGUUUCCUCACUUCGAUACUCAAACUCACCCGGUCUAGACCUCAACCGGUUUCAGACAGAUUAGAUGAGAUUGGUGGUUCUCGUUCUGAUUCUGUCUGUGGAGUUUUACUUGCAGAUGGUGUUUGUUGCAGUAGAAGUCCAGUCAAAGGAAGAAAGAGAUGCAUAGAGCAUAAAGGGCAGAGAGUUUGCCGUGUCUCACCGGAGAAACGCAAACCGCUACAGCCCGAGGUUUUUAUCGGACAAGAUCACAAUCACGACGACUCUGGUGUUAUGUGUGGAGUGAUCUUACCUAACAUGGAACCUUGCACUAAGAGAACUAUUUCAGGAAGAAAACGAUGUGAGGAUCAUAAAGGCAUGAGGAUCAACGCUUUCCUCUUUCUUCUUAACCAGACAGAUCGUGAGAAAACCGUCAAAGACGAGAAAUAUGAUCCCGAAUCGCAUACUGACCUAAACGAUGAAGAAGCUUUGACUCGCUUCUGUGAAGCUGCAACAAAGAAUGGCUUACCUUGCACAAGAAGUUCUCCUAAAGGAAGCAAAAGGUGUUGGCAACAUAAGGAGAAAACUUCCUGCGAUAUCUCGCCGGUAAAUGUUCCUCCGGUGGUCGGAAAACAAGUGACAUGCGGUGUUAAAAUGUGUGAUGGAUUGAUCUGUGAGAGAUCUCCGGUAAAAGGACGUAAAAGAUGUGAAGAGCACAAGGGAAUGAGAAUCAUCCCUUCAUGA